UCCGUCUAGGGCAUUAGACAUCAAAUGCGAAACUAAACUCCGCAUCAUGGCGUCUGCGGAGCUGGAUGAACAGCAAGAGAAGCUCCGAAGAGUCGUUGAUAACUGGCGAUGCCGGAGCCACGACCUGUUGAAGACCCUGCAUAAGGAUCCUUUCCAAAUUUCACCUGUCUUUGGUACAUUUAGCUUGAAUUCCGCUCCAGUUCGUGUGCACGCACAGCCCUUAGAGCAUUCAGAUAUCUUGACGCUUAUUGGAACGGACAAUGUUCUGGUUUCCAAGUUUGUAACCGUGCUGUCGUAUGAUUGUAUCGAAAUCUCCAGGCUCACUCAAUAUGCCAGAAGAAAUAUUUACAGGCAGAUGUUCCUCUUCGGUCAUGGAUCCAGUUCACAAGAAAUACUGCUAGAAGGAGAGCCCCAGAAGGCUUUUGGUCAAUCACUGUCAUUGUUCAUGGAACUAUCUAAGACCACAUCUCGGAUGAGUGAGGUUAUGUGCAAUUUGCUCCAACAACUAGAUUCCAUUUACUCUCUGAAGGACAAGAAUGACAUACUAUGCAAAUCUUUCAAGAAGGUCAUACUGACGAGUGCAUUUAGCUCCUUUGCUGAUGGCCUGGCCAUGUUUCUUGUUUUGGAUGAAAUUUUGGCACAGAAUGGCCGUAUCAAGAGUUACUUAUCUCUUUAUGCAAGGAUGUUGAAUAAGGUGAAACUGGAUCCCAAUGACUUUGAUAUUGCAUUUGGGGAUCUAGAUUGUCUAGAUCAAGUAAUUAUCCGCUUGGAAAAGCUUUUGGAUGCUGGAUUCUUUCGGCGUUUGUUACUGGAGGAACUGUCAUGGGUUGAUACACUGCAGAAGGUCAGGCAAAACAGAAAAUUGCUGGAUGCAUGUAGUUCUUUCAUUCAUGAUGGGUUGCAAGAAAUUCUUUCACGACUUGAUACAUGGAAGGAAUCUCUUUUGGACCGGAGGAAAAUACUGCAUCACGUAGCUCUGUUUCUAUUUGGAACUUAUGCUUCUGGUGAAAUGCCAGAAAAAAGAUUAGGAAAGGUCAUUGGUGAGAUGCUUAAAUUGGUACCAGUAAUAUAUAGUGAAGGUGGUCUUAGACUUAUGCUUUUGGACUUGUUGAGAAAUCAAUUUCCUCCAUCAAUGUGCUUAUGGCCCACUUUCAAGGAUGCUGUUAGGGAUUGUGAUGCCAUGAAGAAGAAUUAUCUUGCACAUCUUAAUGAGAUGCAUUCUAGGGACUGGCAAAAAAUGAAAGAUGCGUUGGCUUAUUGGGUUGUAUCCUUCCAGUCAACCAUUCAUCCAGUGGAAGAUCUGUCAAGGGUUGAAGCAUGCCUGCAACUUCAUUUCAAACAGAUUAUUCAGGGAAUACUUGUUGCCAGUAGAAUGCAAAUGAUGGCCAUCUCAAUGCUGGAUUUACAUACACUGCUUGAGGUUCCUAUCAGAAGGGAGAGAUUAAAGUCUCUCUGUCACAUGGUUGUCUUAAUGAAAGUUAUGAAGAAAACCUUUCAUGACAAGGAGCUGGAUAUCAUCAAAAGUCUUCCACAUAUUAUAAAUCUUAUCCAGUCUGACAUUGAAAAUACCCUCCUCAUGGCAAAGGAUGAGCUAUUGUCAGAAGUUGCUAAAGAAAGUCAAGCCAGCAAGAGAAGAUUUUUGAGCUCUUUGCCAUUUGGUGGCAAGGAUGUGGAUUCAAGAUUGACAGAUUCACUUUCCGCGAUUUUGAUUUCAUUGCAAAUGCUUCGAGGAGGGGGUAGCAGUAACAGGCAGCUCAUUCUUUCUAUUGUUUUGGAUGUUCUUCAAAGCAUUGGCCAUCUGGAUGUCAACUGUUCAAGGAUUAAGAAGCUUCUGUACAAGUUGGAAAUUGUUGCUGAUUUUCAAAGCAUGGUUGAGGAAGUUACAAAUUGCGACUUCUUGUACUGGAGGAAAGAAAUGAUGACUUCUUGGUUCUCCAUGGUUUAUAUGGAUGCAAACAAGUUUUCAUGGCUCCAGUACCUUCUUGAUGCCUUCUCUGACGGGCUCUGGCUUCUCAAAGUCUGCUGUGUGGGCAAGUUUACCAUACAUUCGCAUGAAGAAGAGCUAGAAAAUGCUGUGAAAAAUGAGAUUAUUACACCUCUUUGUAGAGACAUUGAGACUGACCUCCGCCUUCAUGUGCAUUCAAACCACUUAAAAGGAUCAGUGCAUGUAAAUCCAAGAAAGACUGGUGUACGAAAUCUCUCUUGGUACUUGCAUAUGGAACCUCUGUGGCUUCCAUUUAAGUGUAUUAAUAUCAAAUUACAUGUCGAGAGCUAUCUGAAUUCCACCUUUUACAACCACACUGCCAUGUCCUCUUAUGAUUGGAAGAUAUACUCAGAAAUGAGACAACUGGCAGAGCUGAAGUAUGGACUGACAUUGGAUGAUAUUCCUCUUACUGGGCACUGCUUAAAUUAUGGGGUUGAUGUGAUGGAAAUUGUACGAAAUGUUGAACAGUUUGCCACAAGCUACUCAUACAACAUGACUAAUCAAGUUUUAAUUGAGAAGGUUUCCAGCUGUCAAGGUCGGAAGGCCUUGAGGGUGGUUGGUGUGGAACAUGUUGCCUUGUCAAUAGCUACACAUGGUCUUGGAACAAUAUAUACUGCUAUUGAUUCUGUGCUCAAGCUCCUAACUGAGAAGAUUAUAGAUUUAUCUAAGCUUCUUCAAGAUAAUUUCGCAUGUGUUUGCUCAGUGAAAGAAAUCCAGUUCUGGAAGGGAAAUGAAGGAGAAACAAGAGGCAACCCUUUUCUCCGAGGGGAGAAGCAUGACUUGUUCACUGGAAAAUUGUUCUUUGGCGUUCAAGAGUUAAAUUUCUUAGAUAAGCUGCGUGGCAUCAUCAAUGAAAUGGGGAAUAUCUUAGGACUGUUGAGAAUCCUGAGGGCAGGUGGUUCCCGCCAUCUGUGUAGUAUUUCUCGUUUCAUUUACAGAGACAGAAAUAUUAGAAGCUUUAAGGAAAACUCUCAGAAGCUUGGGUUUACAGAUGAAACUAUUACUGCCGGAAGGAUAUUGGAUGUAGUAGUAGAGGACAAGUGCCAAGCUAAAGAGCAUGUUUAUUUUUCCUCCUCUUUUACUAGUAUAAUUUCAAAGGAAGUCAAGGGUGGUGAGGAUCUUAAAUUUGAGGAUUUAUUCCUCAUAAUUCCAGCGCUUAUAAUUGGUUUAAUAGAUUCCAGAGUCAACAGCAAGGAAAAUAUGCUGAGAAGGGGUCGUGAAGUGGGAAACCAGAUAAUUAUCGAUGAUGGCUUUGUCAUGGGAACUGCCUUUAUUCUCAAGGUAACAGCGCAAGAGAAACCAUUUGAUGGGUUGGAUUGGAUUACCAGUGUGAAGAAGCGCUUGGAAGAGGCAUUGCGGUCACUAGAGGAACGUAUUGAUGCAGAGCAGCGUAAAGCAAACAGAGGUCUUUCUGCUUUGAAGCUUUGGGGCAAGGAUGCUUCGUCUGUUUCUUCCACAGAAACCCAAAAGGUCAUAGACAAACUCAAGAAAUAUCAGAAAGAGGUGGAGCUGUUUUAUUAUGGUCUGAACAUCUCGAGGACCAUCAUGUCCUGAAACUACCAUCCUUCCAACAUGUGAUACGUUUACAUGUUGGAAUUGUAAUAGUAUCAUUGUUU